GGUGGGACGUGGUGAUUCUGAUCGUUUCCGCCUCUAAUCAAUAACAGUUGCAGGAAGUUGCGAGGAGCAGUUAUGCUCACAAGUGUUCGACAGAAGUUCUAAGCAUAAACUCUUGAGCUAAAAUGGAGGGGAGUAUUGCUAAUGAGCUCUAUUCAGAAGUUUUGCAAUCAUCAAGUGUUAAAUUAGAUGGAGGAUCAAAUGCAGUCGAAGCGAAUGACAAUUCUUAUGAAAAUGAUCCCGGAGAUUUGUGGUAUGAUGAUGGAUCUUCUUGUGAAGAUUCUGUUGAGAAAUUGAAUAGAGCAUCUGAUAUGGACAGGGAGUGGCAGAGGAGACGUGAUCAAUUCCAUACGUUAGGCUACCGUGAUGGACUCAUUGCUGGAAAGGAAGCUGCUGCACAAGAGGGGUUCAAUAUUGGCUUUAAGGAUUCUGUGUUUAUCGGGUACAGUUGGGGUCGUGUCAGAGGGAUGACGAGUGCAAUGGCUUGCCUACCCAGUGAGUUAAGGGAAAAAUUGGUCGAAAGAGAGGAAGCAAGAAACAAGUUCAAGUGCUUGCAUGAAUCUGUGCAGUCUCUGUCAACAACAGAUGCAUUGAAACUGUUUUAUGAAGACCAAAAGAGGAAGUCAUCAAACCAGGAGGAAGCUGAACCCAGUUCCACCACGAUAGAAUUAGAUCUUCAGAAUCCAGAUGUCAGUGUUCUCAAGACUUACAGUGAGCAGCUGCACUCACUUCUCAGCGAAGCUCCUUUGUUUGAAGAGACCUUUAAAAUAAACUAGUCAAGAUUUUUCCGUUACUCCUCAAAUAUAUAUCGAAAAGCAUCUCAAAGACUUCGAACAUAAUUUGACUCAUAGCCGUUCAGCAGAAACUGAUCUGGUAGUGUAUAAAAUUACAUUAAUGAAGACAAAUUCUUUCUUCAGGAUCAGACUUUUGAUUUUGUAUCUGAGAUAUUACAAGAUAUUGCUAAUUACAUCCACAUUUCCAUUCA